UAAUUUAAUUAUCCAAUUUUGAAAAGUUGGGUCUUUUUGUUCAAAUCAAAUUCUUGAUCUGUAGAAAAAAAAAAGCUUCAUUAAUAUGGAGACUAUAUAGAUAUCCUUUAUUAUAUACUGCAUUACCACCCCAUUUUUCUCUCAUUUGUAAGAGUUUCCUCUGUUGAUUCUUUGAAAAUUCUGAGUAAUUAAACACUCAAUCUGUUGCUUCAUUCCAAAGGAGAAAUCUUUUUUAAGAUUAAGAGAAAAAAAGAGACCUUUCUUAGCUUAUAGAUAUCCCUAUCCCUUUCUUGUAAUUCUGGUGGAAAGCUGAUUGUUUAAGGCACCACUGUCUCUGUUACAUUGAUUUUUCUUUUUGGAAAAAAGUGGUUCUUAGUUGGUGACAUAAGUAUGGGAGAUCAUUUUGUGUUUCUGGUUGAUCGGUUGCUAACGGAAUCAACUUUGGAGGCUGCUAUUGAAAGCAGAAACCAGAAACAGCUAGCAUCAUCGACAAUGAAUAGCUCUGUAACUGAUUGCUCUUCCCAGGAAUCUGAUCCUCUCUCGAGUCCUCGGAAGAUGGUUGAAUGCAGGAUAUGCCAAGAUGAAGAUGUGGAUUCAAAUAUGGAAGUUCCUUGCUCUUGCUGCGGUAGUUUGAAGUAUGCACAUAGGAGAUGUGUGCAGAGGUGGUGUAAUGAGAAGGGUGAUACCAUUUGUGAGAUAUGCCACCAGCCUUUUAGGCCUGGUUAUACGGCACCUCCCCCCAUUUUUCGACUUGGAGGCAUCCCAAUGAACUUUAGGGGAAACUGGGGAAUUGUUAGAAGAGACUUGAAUAACCCUCGUUUGAUAGCACUCGUUUCAACUGAUCGUGAUUUCAUCAACUCUGACGACUAUGAUGAUGACUAUGCAGUCUCUACAUCAAGAAGCAUGAUGUGUUGUCGUACAGUCGCAAUGAUUUUUAUGCUGCUUCUGGUUUUACGGCACACUCUUCCGAUCAUAGUGAAUCAAGCUGGGGACUAUUCAUUCCCUUUGGUCAUGCUGCUAAUGCUGAGGAUUACUGGCAUUGUUCUGCCAAUCUACAUCAUAAUGAAAGCUGUGACAUCUUGCCAUCGUCGCCACCGCCAGCAGGCUAUUUUACCUAUCUCCUCGUCCGAUGAAGAAUCUGGCCCCAUGAUACUCUCACAUCAUCAACACCCCAUCAUCGACGCCCCUUGAAAGUACCUAAACAAAUGUUAUUACCGCGUUUACUGUUACCACAGCUUCCUGCCGCGUAAGAUUCACUGCAGAGAGGACAGAUGACCGCGAAAAGAACACACAUUCGCGUAACGCAGUUGGUGUUUCAGUUGUUGCAGAUUGAAUUAGUUAGAAAUCUUUGUACAGUCAGUUAAAAAGUUCAACAAUGUAUAUGAACACAUUGAUGGGAAAUGCAAAAAGGUGGCAAGUUAGUUUACCUUAUGAUUUAUAUUA